AUGGCGAAGCCUCAGCCUCAAGAUCUGAAUACCAGAUCACUUCCACUCGCUCAAAGUCCUUCGCUAGCGGCGGCAACAGGCCCGGAUGGCUCUCAGUCACCUACAGUUCCGGCUAAGUCUGACCGGCUGGGUUCUAUUGCAGAGGUCGCUGCAUCCACAACAUUCCAAGGAGACCAUCAGAAAGCCUUCCUAGAAUUCCAUGAUGGCAGAGUCUUUCAAGGUAUCAGCUUCGGUGCUGACAAGAGUGUCUCUGGGGAGCUGGUCUUCCAGACCGGCAUGGUCGGCUAUCCAGAGUCGAUCACUGAUCCGUCAUACCGCGGCCAGAUCUUGGUCAUAACCUUUCCCCUGGUUGGCAACUAUGGCGUCCCAGAUCGGGAGACGAAAGACAACUUCCUUCAGGAUCUUCCAAAGCACUUCGAAUCGAGCCAGAUACAUGUCGCCGGUCUUGUUGUUGCCACAUACGCUGACGAGCAGUACUCGCACCAUCUUGCUACUUCGUCACUCGGAUCCUGGCUCAAGGAACAAGGUGUACCGGCUAUCCACGGUGUCGACACUCGAGCACUCACCAAGAUCAUUCGUGAGGAGGGCAGCAUGCUUGGCAGACUCCUCCAAGCAAAGCCAUCUGGUCAUCAGAGCAAUGGUCUUGGUAUUACCAACGGCACCGAUCAUUCACACCCACAGAAUUGGCGAGAUCUUGUCUCUCCCGUUGACUGGCGGGAUCAGAACGAGGAAAACCUCGUAGCGAUGGUUUCGAUCAAGGCACCGAAGACAAUCGCCCCUCCGCAAGCCAAGGCUCUUCUACAUCCAAGCGGCCGACCUGUCAGAGUUUUGGUGGUAGACAUUGGCCUCAAGUACAAUCAACUUCGAUGCCUGCUGUCGAGAGGCGUGGAAGUAAUGGUGGUGCCGUGGGAUUACGAUUUUCCCCGACUGGCCGGUAAAGACUACGAUGGCUUGUUUUUGUCAAACGGACCUGGUGAUCCGGCCACUCUUACGAAGACAGUCGCUCACAUCUCAGAAGCCAUGAAGGAAGGCCGUACCCCAAUCUUCGGCAUCUGUCUUGGCCACCAGCUGCUUGCUCGAGCAGCUGGUGCAACCACAUCGAAGAUGAAGUUCGGCAAUCGUGGACACAACAUCCCUUGCACCAAUAUGCUGUCUGGUAAAUGCUACAUUACAUCACAGAACCAUGGAUUUGCCGUUGAUUCCAUGACCCUUCCCGAAGGCUGGGAGGAGCUCUUCGUCAAUGCAAAUGACAACAGCAAUGAGGGAAUUCGCCAUGUCUCACGGCCAUACUUCAGUGUCCAGUUUCAUCCCGAGUCGACUCCUGGACCACGAGAUACCGAAUUUCUCUUUGACGUGUUCAUCAGUGCCAUCAUGGAUAGCGUCAAGUCAGUCGAAGCCCUGGUGAAGCCUGUGAGCUUUCCGGGAGGCACCAUCGAAGAAAACGAAAAAGCGCACCCUCGCAUCAGUGUUCGAAAGGUGUUGAUUCUCGGCUCUGGUGGUCUCAGCAUCGGCCAGGCUGGAGAAUUCGACUACUCUGGUAGUCAAGCCAUCAAAGCUCUCAAGGAAGAGGGAAUAUACACUAUUCUCAUCAAUCCCAAUAUCGCAACCAUUCAGACUUCGAAAGGCCUGGCAGACAAGGUCUAUUUCUUGCCUGUCAAUCCCGAGUUCGUUCGGAAGGUCAUCAAGCAUGAGAAGCCCGACGCCAUCUACUGCACAUUUGGUGGUCAGACGGCAUUGCAGGUGGGCAUUGCGUUGAAGGAUGAAUUCGAGGAUCUUGGCGUUAAGGUCUUGGGGACACCAAUUGACACCAUUAUCACAACUGAAGACCGUGAGCUCUUUGCUCGGAGCAUGGAGUCGAUCGGCGAAAAGUGUGCCCAGUCUGCUUCGGCGAACAACCUUGAGGAGGCCAUGGAAGCCGUUAAGGGCAUUGGUUUUCCCGUGAUUGUGCGCGCUGCUUAUGCUCUUGGUGGUCUGGGCAGUGGGUUCGCGAACAAUGAGGAAGAACUCCGAAGUCUGUGUGUCAAAGCAUUUGCGGCCAGUCCUCAGGUACUCAUCGAACGAUCCAUGAAGGGGUGGAAGGAGAUUGAAUAUGAAGUUGUCAGAGACGCUCAAGACAACUGUAUCACAGUCUGCAACAUGGAGAAUUUCGAUCCGCUCGGCAUUCAUACUGGUGACUCAAUAGUCGUCGCACCGUCUCAGACUCUAUCCGACGAGGACUACAACAUGCUUCGCACCACGGCCGUCAACGUUAUUCGACAUCUUGGCGUGGUCGGCGAAUGCAACAUCCAAUAUGCACUCAACCCGACCUCAAAAGAGUACUGCAUUAUAGAAGUCAAUGCUCGUCUAUCGAGGUCCUCGGCACUUGCUUCAAAAGCAACUGGCUACCCACUUGCCUUCAUUGCGGCCAAGCUUGGUCUCAAUAUACCACUGAACGAGAUCAAGAACUCGGUCACCAAGAAGACCUGCGCAUGCUUCGAGCCGUCACUCGAUUACGUGGUGGUCAAGAUCCCGCGCUGGGAUCUGAAGAAGUUCACGCGCGUUUCUACUCAGCUAGGCUCCUCCAUGAAAAGCGUUGGCGAAGUCAUGGCAAUUGGUCGAACUUUCGAGGAAGCCAUUCAAAAGGCAAUCCGUGGAGUCGACUAUUCUAACUUGGGCUUCUCGAAUAUCUCAAACCCUCUCAUGUCCGUUGACGACGAGCUGCAGACGCCUUCCGACCAGCGAAUGUUUGCUAUUGCAAAUGCAAUGCAUGCGGGCUACAGCGUCGACAAGAUUUGGGAGAUGACUCGCAUUGACAAAUGGUUCCUGUCCAGGUUGAAGGGACUCAGCGACUUCGCCAAGCUCGUCACUAAGUUCAAAGCGAGUGACGUUCCACACGAUCUGCUCCGUGAUGCAAAGAGACUAGGUUUUUCAGAUCGACAACUGGCGAAUUACCUGGACUCCAAUGAGCUGGCCAUUCGCAAACUGCGAACAAAGGCUGGCAUCAAGCCGGUGGUCAAGCAGAUCGACACGGUCGCGGCCGAGUUUCCUGCGUAUACGAACUAUUUGUAUCUGACUUACAAUGGUACCGAAAGUGAUUUGGACACCGGUGACAAGGGCAUAAUGGUGCUCGGAUCUGGUGUAUAUCGUAUAGGCUCGUCAGUCGAAUUCGACUGGUGUUCUGUUCGCACGAUCAGAACGCUACGUGAACUCGGACAUCGAACAGUGAUGGUGAACUACAAUCCGGAAACGGUCUCUACCGACUACGACGAGGCCGAUCGAUUGUACUUCGAGAACAUCAACAUGGAAGUCAUUCUUGACAUCUAUGCCCAUGAGCAGUCUUCCGGUGUCAUCAUCUCGAUGGGAGGUCAAACACCGAACAACAUCGCGCUCCAAUUGCAUCGCGCUAAUGUCACGAUCCUCGGAACCUCGCCUGAGAUGAUCGACGUGGCCGAGAACCGAUUCAAAUUCUCGCGUCUUCUCGACCAGAUUGGCGUCGAUCAGCCUGCAUGGAAAGAGCUCUCCAGUAUGGAGGACGCCUUCGAGUUCUGCGAGCAGGUCACAUAUCCCGUACUCGUCCGGCCAUCGUAUGUUCUCUCUGGCGCCGCGAUGAACACUGUGUACUCCCGUAAUGACCUGGAGGACUUCCUCAAGCAGGCUGUCGCUGUCAACCGCGACCAUCCUGUCGUCAUCACGAAGUACAUCGAACAGGCCAAGGAGAUCGAGAUGGAUGCUGUGGCGAAGGAUGGCACCAUGACUGGUCACUUCAUCUCUGAGCAUGUGGAGAACGCUGGUGUCCAUUCUGGCGAUGCUACUUUGAUAUGUCCCCCGCAGGACCUGGAGCCAGAGACCAUCGCCAGGAUCGAAGAGGCGACCCGGAAAAUUGGAAACGCACUCAACAUUACCGGACCUUUCAACAUCCAAUUCAUUGCCAAGGACAACGAGAUCAAGGUGAUCGAAUGCAAUGUUCGUGCAUCAAGAUCGUUCCCAUUCGUUUCCAAAGUCAUGGGGCUCGACCUGAUCGAGAUGGCCACGAAACUGAUCGUCGAUAAGCCUGUGGACGCAUACCCUGUGCUGAAUCUACCAGCAAACUAUGUUGGUGUCAAGGCGCCACAAUUUUCUUUCUCACGACUUUCCGGGGCUGAUCCAGUCCAGGGUGUGGAGAUGGCAUCUACCGGUGAAGUGGCGUGCUUUGGCGAGAAUCGUUUCGAUGCGUACAUGAAAGCUACAAUCUCGACAGGUUUCAAGCUCCCGAAAAAGAACAUACUCCUGUCUAUUGGAGGCUUCAGAGAGAAGAAAGAGAUGCUCCCAUCGAUCCAAAGUCUGCACAGCAUGGGCUUCCAAUUGUUUGCGACGGCUGGAACUGCGGACUAUCUAGUCGAGCACAAUGUGCCAGUGAAGUUUCUGGAGCUGCUCGACAAAGAAAGCAAGGACCAAAACUCAGAGUACUCCCUUGCGCACCAUCUGGCCGAAAAGUCGAUCGAUCUGUACAUCAACCUCCCGUCUAGCAACAAAUACCGCCGCCCAGCGAAUUAUAUGUCUACAGGCUACCUGACGCGGCGGAUGGCAGUCGACUACCAGACUCCGUUGAUCACCAAUGUCAAGAUCGCCAAAAUUUUGAUUGAGGCCAUCAAGAACCAUAGACGUUACGACCUCAGCAUAAGCAGCCUUGAUUGCCAGACGAGCCAUCGCAGCGUCACUUUGCCUGGCCUUGUGAACAUUGCUGCUUUCGUACCGGGCGUGGCCGAAACUGGGUCGUUCGACUUCUCCUUGAUGACAAAGGCAUCAGUCGCUGCCGGUUUCAGCAUGAUCAGAGUCAUGCCAGUCGGAUUCGAGUCUGCUAUCACAGAUGCGAAGAGUCUGAGCACUGCUCAGCGAAAUGCUGAAAAGGGAGCUUAUGUGGACUACAACUUCUCUGUUGCGGCGACCAGCGACAAUUCAGAAGCCAUCGCUAAUAUGGAGACCGAGGUUGGCUCACUGUUCAUUCCUUUCAAUCACCUUUCAGGGAACAUCAACAAAGUUGCUGCCGUCACCGCACAUUUCUCCACAUGGCCAACGAGCAAACCAAUCGUCACUGACGCUAAGACGACGGAUCUCGCGUCGAUUUUGCUGCUCGCUAGCUUGCACGAUCGCAAAGUCCAUGUUCUCAACGUCACAUCCAAGGACGACAUCAAGCUCAUUGCUCUUGCGAAGGAGAAGAACCUGAAGGUCACCUGUGACGUCUCGGUGUACAGUCUGUUCCUUUCGCAGACGGAAUAUCCCGAGUACCCAAGUCUGCCCACCAAGGCCGACCAAGAAGCACUGUGGAAGUAUUUGCCAUCGAUCGAUAUCUUUUCGAUUGGCAGCUUGCCAUACCAAGUUGCAGGCAAACAGGCAGUACCCACCUCAGGCAUUGCGGACGCUAUGCCGCUGCUCCUCACAGCCGUCUCGCAGGGCAAAUUGACCCUAGACGACGUGAUCUUAAGGCUGCACAGCAACCCGAUUGCCAUUUUCGACCUAACAGUACAGAAGGAUACUGCCGUCGAAAUCGAUAUCGAUCGGCCAUAUAUUCUUCCUGCAGGAGAUGUGUGGUCGCCAUUCGUCGGUCAGACCAUGCGUGGUGCAGUGACCCGGGUCACUUUCCACAUGUCAACGUUCCUUGCUCCAGCGUCCCCCGAGCUCAAAGCGGUGUCCUCACCAGUUGUCAGAGCCCAAGCUGCAAGCCCGCUCGACUGGAAGCUGUCUGCUUUUGACGGCAGCAUUGCUAGACGGCUAUCUCUCAGUCAACGUCCGCGUACUUCGCGGGCACGGCUUGUCGAAGAACCGGAAGGAGGCUCGACCAUGCCACCAGCUGUACUCGCCCAGCCUAUGCCUCCUAGCAUAAUCUCGCCAGCUCUUCAGUCACUGAUCUCCACCUCGCCUUUCCGGAAUCGGCACAUUCUGUCGGUCAACCAGUUCACUCGCUCAGAUCUGCAUCUUCUGUUCACUGUAGCUCAGGAAAUGCGUCUCGCUGUCCAGCGCCAAGGUGUUCUGCCAAUAUUGCAAGGCAGAGUCCUCUCUACAAUGUUUUACGAACCCAGUACACGGACGUCCGCAUCUUUUGAUGCCGCCAUGCAGCGGCUUGGUGGCCGUGUCGUCGCUGUCAACAUGGAUCAUUCAUCCACCAAGAAAGGCGAGACACUGCAAGACACUCUUCGAACAGUCGGCUGCUACACUGAUGGCAUUGUUCUUCGUCACCCAGACGCCAAUUCUGCCUCGAUUGCCGGCCAGUAUUCCCUCGUUCCCGUCAUCAACGGUGGCAACGGUAGCGUGGAACACCCAACACAAGCUUUCCUGGACCUCUUCACCAUCCGUGAGGAGCUCGGCACUGUCAAUGGCCUGACCAUCACUUUCACUGGUGACCUCAAAUACGGCCGGACAGUCCACUCGUUGGCCAAGCUUCUGCAAUUCUACAAUGUGCGCAUCAAUCUUGUGUCUCCCAAAGCACUCGCUCUGCCUGACGAUAUUCGCGAUCUGAUUGCCGAGUCCGGUCAUCUAGGCGUUGAGUCGGAAGAGAUCACACCUGAGAUUGUUGCUCGCUCUGACGUCCUCUACUGCACUCGUGUCCAGGGAGAGCGUUUCGCAGAUGUGAAGGAGUAUGAGAGACUCAAGAACAGUCUUAUCAUCAACAACGCGACAUUGCAGCACGCGAAGAAGAACAUGGUCGUCUUGCAUCCACUGCCGAGGAAUAAUGAGAUUGCAGAGGAGGUCGAUGAUGAUCCGAGAGCUGGGUAUAUCCGGCAGAUGCGGGCGGGGCUGUACACGCGCAUGGCGUUGCUGGCUUUGGUGCUGGCGCUUGAUUGA